AUGUCACAGAGAACACCAUAUGGUCAGGGUAUUCGACGUCGUCAGUUUAGAGAGAGUGCUGGCGAUGACUACAUUGGGGGACAUUCAUCUUCUUCUGAUGUGAGAUUUGAUUCCCUUAUCCCACAUACACCUCACUCCUACGCUGAUGGGCCUUCUUCCACGCCUGCUGAGGUUGGGGGUUCAUCAACGCCCCCUGCUCCCCGUCAAAACUGUAUCAUGAUACGUCCCUUGGGUUCCUCGUUUGAUAACAUUUGGUGCAAACGAGAUAUAACACGAAUAAUUCGAAGUAAGUUUGAGAAGCCAUACACAAGUUGGAAAAAGACAGACCCUGCUGUCAGGGAUAUGUGGUUUGGCAAAUUUAAGGGACUUGACAAAAAUCCAUCUUGGAUGUGUCUUGUUGUAUUUGAAGCACUCAAGGAGUAUUGGAAUACUCCAGAAUUUAUGAGCAAAUUAGAAAAGGCAAAGAAAAAUCGGUCCUCAGAUAUUGGAGGUAGUAAGCACACUUGUGGUUCCAUCCCUAUGUCUGAACAUAAGAAACGAUUGUCUAAGCUAUUAGGUCGUCCACCUACACAGGCCGAGUUAUUCAUUGCAAUGCAUCAAAGAAAAGAUAGUUCAGGAUUUGUUGACAGUAGAUCCGAGGAAACUUAUGCUGACUUUCAGAUGUGGCAAGCAUCAUCACAAUCAUCAGCAGUUGGCCCGACAGAAUAUAGUGACGCUGCUGGACAGCCCUCGCAGGCAGCUUUUGAUGAGACAUCAUUAUGGUUGGAGGUUGCAGGCGGGAAAAAGAAGGGUUGUGUGUAUGGCAUGGGGUCUGAAGCACAUGUCAUCCCUAGUUCUUAUCAUGUGUUGUCGCCACUGCCACCGCCUCCACAGUCAUCAAUUUCACUCGCUGACCAAAUUCAACAAGCUGUUAGCUGCGCUAUUAACGCAGCUAUAGAACCAUUUAAUCAUCGUUUGUCAGCUAUAGAAGAAAGAUUUCAUAACCCUUCUUCAUCGUCGCCGCCCUCAAAUCCCUCGGAUCAUUAG